CUAUACUGUGUGCGUUACUACUGUGUAUGUACAUCCUUUACAUACGUCCAUGUGCCGUCGAUAGUUAAGACAAGAUGCUUGAGCUGGAGAAGAUUGAGAAACUCCGAAAGAACCUUGUUUCAGGCAGUGAUAAUAAAAGUGUGGUCAUUGAAGCCAAUCACGUUGGGUUGCCAGAAUGCCGAGCCUUCGAUCAUGGCAUUCCCACCCAAUUGGCAGUUAGAGCUCCCCUGGGCUUCGGAGAAGUGAUGUAUGCCGAAUUUAUGGAUCGUCUGAACACU